AAAUGUUCCCCCAGCUGUUUCCUGUCUACAGUGUCUGUGUUUUGUAGAUAAAUGUGAGGAUUUUCUCUAAAUCCCUCUUCUGUUUGCUAAAUCUCACUGUCACUGCUAAAUUCAGAGCAGAUAGAGCCUGCGCAAUGGAAUAAAGUCCUCAAAAUUGAAAUGUGACAUUGCUCUCAACAUCUCCCAUCUCUCUGGAUUUCUUUUUACCUCAUUAUUCCUGCUAACCAAUUCAUUUCCAGACUUUGCACUUGAGAAGCAAUGGGAAAAAUCAGCAGUCUUCCAACCCAAUUAUUUAAGUGCUGCUUUUGUGAUUUCUUGAAGGUGAAGAUGCACAUCAUGUCCUCCUCACAUCUCUUCUACCUGGCCCUGUGCUUGCUCACCUUCACCAGCUCUGCCACAGCUGGGCCUGAGACGCUUUGUGGGGCUGAGUUGGUGGAUGCUCUUCAAUUCGUGUGUGGAGACAGGGGCUUUUAUUUCAACAAGCCCACGGGGUACGGCUCCAGCAGUCGGCGGGCACCUCAGACAGGCAUCGUGGAUGAGUGCUGCUUCAGAAGCUGUGAUCUGAGGAGGCUGGAGAUGUACUGCGCACCCCUCAAGCCCGGCAAGUCAGCCCGCUCUGUCCGCGCCCAGCGCCACACUGACAUGCCCAAGGCUCAGAAGUAUCAACCGCCAUCUACCAACAAGAAAAUGAAGUCUCAGAGGAGAAGGAGAGGAAGUACAUUUGAAGAACGCAAGUAGAGGGAGUGCAGGAAACAAGAACUACAGAAUGUAGGAAGACCUUCCUAAGGAGUGAACAAUAACAUGUCACCAGUGGGAUCCUUUGGUCUGCAGAAGUUACCUGUUAAACAUCGGAAGACCUACCAAAAAGAAGUUUGCUAACAUUUCAAAACAUGGGCAUUCCCCCCAAUGACAUACGCAAGUAAACAUUCCAACGUUGUCUUUAGGAGUGAUUGUUAAAAGAUUUGCACCUUGCAAAAAUGGUCCUGGAGUUGGUAGAUUGCUGUUGAUCCUGUAUGAAUAAUGUUUUAUAGAGAAAAAAUAUAUAUAUAUAUAUAUCUUAGUCCCUGCCUCUCAAGAGCCACAAAUGCAUGGGUGUUUUAUAAAUCCAGUUGCACUAAAUUCGUCUCUGAAUCUUGGCUAUGGGAACCACUACUUCAGCAGCCUGGUCUAAGUGGUUUUAAUUUUUUCUUAUUUGCACUUCUUUCUGCACAACAUGGGCUAUUGGUUUUACAGUGUCUGAUACUUGUUGUCUAGUCCUCACACCCCCCUCAUCUCCUUCCUAUUUGCUAAAUUUGGCCUCCUCAAUAGCAGCAAGUAGUCAUAGCACACCGAUUUUUAACCCGCAAGAUUCCAUCUGUGGCAUUUGUACCAAAUACAAGUUGGAUGCAUUUAUUUUAGACACAAAGCUUUAUUUUUCCACAUCUUGUUAAAAAAAAAAUACAAGUAGUUGCAACUUUGAGGCCAAUAAUUUUUAGGCGCAUGUUUUAAGCAUAGAAAGUCUCUUAAACUCACAAUAGUUCUUUCAAAUGAAGAGUUAGCGUGCAACCUGAUUAGAAACGUCUCUCUUUUUAUUUUUCCAUAUAAAGCAGUAUGUAAAUUUAGCACAACAAUAUUACAAAAAUAUAUCAAACAGUAUGUAAAACUCUGUUUUUUAGUACAAUGGUGCUAUUUUGUAGUUUGUUAUAUGAAAGAAUCUGGCCAAAAUGGUAAAAGGUGAAAGCAAAAUGAAAGGGUAAGCCUAGAGCCAGAGAUGACACAAAGGGAAAGGGUAUUGGAAAAUCCAUCCAUCUGGAAAAGAAGGCAAAGUCCCCCCAUUAUACCUUCCAAAAGGAACUGAAGACACAAAAGUUCACUGACACAAGUUAGAUUGGCAGGUGCAAAGAGGAAGCUGGGGAGUGGAAAAAACAGAAGCUUAGGAAAUUUAAUAGUCCUGGUUUCUUUUUCUCACUGAAGAAACAAACAUCUGCCAGCUCUGCCAUAGACUCACUGCUGUGUGACAUUGGGCAAGUUACUUCACCUCUCUGUGCCUCAGUUUCCUCAUCUGCAAAAUGGGGACAAUAUGUCAUCUACCUACCUCACAGGGGUGGUGUGAGGAUUAAAAAGCUAAAGCUCCAGAUUUUUACCCUGGGUUGCUCUGAGGGUGCAAUGUCAGAGCCCUUGAAUUGCUGGGAUGUUAGGAAUUCUAUAAACAACCCAUUCACAGCAUAGCUAGAGGAUUGAUUAAUCAAAAGCUCCUGACAUUUCAUUCCUUGUCAAUGAAGCUAUCUAAACAACUCUAUAGCUUUUAAAACACUUUUCAAAAUAAGUUAGAAACAUUUGAUUUGCAAUUUGAUUUUGAAUUCUGCAUUUCAAUUUAUGAAUACGUAGAUAAUCAAAAAGUAAGAAAGGAAAAGAGACAAAGAGAAAAACUAAAAGAUUUCUACAAGUGAAAGAGUGAUCAAAUUGCUCCAUUCUUUAGAAUCCACUGACUCUUCCAGGCAGUUACUGUCUAUCUAGCAAUACCUCUUUUAAUAUUUAAAAAACACAUUUAUUUCUUCUCUUUUGGCAAUAUAAGAAAAAUGGUCCAACAGUUUAAAUAUUGAAAUGAUAUCUAAUAAAUAGUUACAAAGUUACUUUCUUUAAUGAAUUUUACUCUUACCCUAGGUUGAGUGUGUGUGUGUGUGUAUAUACAUGUAUGUCAAAAUAUGCUUGACUCGAGUUGCUAGUUGAUAGGCAAAAAUUUCCUUCACAAUCAGAAAAUUCCCCAUAUGUCUAACGAAUGCUAACUCUCUGUAGAUGUGUCUUAACCAUUCAACUGAAAAUUGGUAUUGGGAAAAACCAAAGAUGAGGACAUGAGGACCGGCCCAUGGCAGCCCAGAGGUUUCCUGACUGUGGAUCAAGACUUUCUUAGAAAAGUCAAUCUUCCAACAUUCAGAUCUUUUUAUCUGCUUUAGAGCUUUUGGGUGAAAAGCACCUAGGUUUCAUCAUGUAAUACAAAUAUUAUCCUUUAUAUUCUUGGAAAGGGUUUAUGGAAAACAAAAAUAACAUCAUCCUCAGUUUUCCUUCCACUGAGUCAUUUUAAGGUGCAGAGGCCAGAAGAGAGGUUCCUGGAUCUCUGAAGAUACACAGGAGGAAGGCCCCGACUGAUGGACAGCCCCAAAUGAUGGACAGCUCCAGCUCAGUCAAUGCACAUUUUCACUCUCUGACCACAGCGUUAAUUGAAUUGGGCAUCUCAGAACUGCUGAGCAAUGUUCUGGUCACUACGACAGAUGUUAUAGAAACUAAGUCAUUUUUGUCUUCCACCUGUAUUCCAUAUAUACAGGUUCUUUAGAAUGAGAUGCUGAGUCAUUCUUCCCAAGAUGUCACUUCUGAUUUUUAUUUUUUGUUCCCAGUGUAUACCUUUUAAAACAUUGACUCCCAGCAAAACUUUACAGGUAGUUUCUGCAGACUUAUGGGUUUCCUGACAUAGUUGGAUAUGUUCUUUCUAAGAAUGUCUAUGAUUUAUUUUACUCACUUAAUUCUAUUCAUAGCCAAAAUGCUCCCAAAGAGGAAAGCUUAAAUAUGCAAAGUCAUAUUAUCUUUCUUAACUUUUCCCAACACAUAACCCUCUCCAACUGGAUCAUGAAUCAAUUAAUUAAAAUUGAGUAUACUAAUCCACAAUUUAUUUCAAAUGAAUAAAACCUGGAAGACAAAUUGAUGUAAACUCUGAAAGUUAGCUAAUAAUCAUAUACCAUAGCAGAAUGACCCUGAAUUCAUAGAAGGCAGUCCCUAAAAUUUCCCAACUCAAAACUUUGUAAGCUUUGCUUUAAAAUUACAUUGUUUUAGAAUUUUAAAAUGGGGCAACUUCAUGAUUUUUAUGAAAGAGCCAUAAAUAUUGAUAAGAAUGAGCUUUCAGCUUAUAGGUUUAGUUCCAAUUUCAUUGACAAUACUUGAUACGUAGAUCAAAUUUUCUGUUCCCAAUUCCCCAAGUAACAUAAUGGUAUUAUUUGAACAUUUUAAGAUGGGGAGCCUCCACUAAACAGGUUAAUUCAUCUUUCCAUCAGAAUCCACCCUCCUAAGGAUAAAGAAAAACUCUUCUAACAUCCACUACACACACACACACACACACACACACACACACACCCCAAGAGUCCAAUAGAAUACUGAGAAGAAAUCACUUCCUUGCAGAUCUUAUUAAAAAAACAAAACAAAACAAAACAAAACAAAAACCCAUGACUGGCCUCCUUUGAGAAUUCUUACCCUCCUUGCAAUGUAAAUACUUGUGUAGAUGAAACCAUGUCAUGCACUGUGGCUCCAGGGUUUCCAUCACUAAUUUAUGCCCUUGGGGAAAGGUUUAGAGUGGAAGAUGCAGCAUAUUUUGCUUUCCCAUUUAUUGUUUGGCCAGAUAUGCCAAUGUGGUGCUAUUGUUUCUUUAUGAAAGUACUUGACUAAAAAAAGAAAAAUGAAAAAAAAAAAGUAUAGACAUAUUUUUUUAAAAUAUGAAACAAUUCUAUAGAUAGAUGGCUUAAUAAAAUAGCAUUAGAUCUAGCCACCACCAUCUUUCAACUUUUUAAUCACUCACAAGUAGUUUACUGUUCACCAAAUUGUGAGUUUGGGGGUGCAGGGGCAUGAGAUGGAAAUUUUUAAAAGUUAGAAGGCUCCAUUAUUUUUUUGGCUCCCAAACUCAGCAAAAUUAGCAAUGUAUUACCCAAUCUGAACACCUCGAUCAGGAGCAUGGAGCACAAAUGGUGUAAAAAGGGCCUUGUAAACAACUGGUAGAAUUAAAAAAGUUAUUAAGUUACUUUUUGAUUUUGUGUGUGUGUGUGUGUGUGUGUGUGUGCUCUCUGCUCUAAAAAUAGACAUUCAGCAAGUGGAGAAAAUUUUUUAAAAAAAGAGAAGAAAUACGUUGAUUCACCUGCUAAAAAUAACUUCUGCCACAUCCCCCUUGGGUAAUUCUUUGGUCUUUACUGGUCUGUGUAAGAUAUUUUCCCUUCCCCUAAACAUCUCAAAGAGCUCUUGCUCUCAUCAAAAGCAAUUACUGAUCUCAUUAGGAACUGUUUCCUUUUGAGAUGGGGGUUAUCUACUGAUAAGAAAAGAGAAGAAUUUAUGAGAAAUCGUUGAAAGAGAUGGCUAACAAUCUGUGAAGUUUUUUUGUUUUUGUUCUUGUUUUUUUUUUCUGUUUUUUUACUUUAUACAGUCUUUAUGAAUAUCUUAAUGUUCAAAAAAUGACUUUGUUCUCUUCUUUUUUAUAUUGAAAUAAGGGAUGAUAAAUUAAACCCACAUAGACUCUUUAAAACUAUAGGCUAGAUAGAAAUGUAUGUUCGACUUGUUGAAACUAUAAUCAGACUAUUUAAAAUGUUUUUGCUAUUUUUAAUCUUAAAAGAUUGUACUAAUUUAUUAGAAACAGAACCUGUCUGGCUCUUUUUAUAAGAAAGAGCAUUCCCACUGAAAUCAUGUGGGCAUUCCCAUCAAUGUUUUCAAAACAAAAAUCUGAUUAAUGUUAUGGCAUCAUUUAAUUUAAAAUAGAAGAACUGUGAUUCUUUAUUCCCCCUCCCCUGCAUUGAUCAUGAAGUCCAGAAUCUGAGGGGGAAAGAAUGAAAAUAAAAUCUUGUUUUUUCUUUGUUUUGUUUUUUCAGUGCUAACGUUUAACCCUAUAGUACAUUUUUACUUAUCACAAUUUUAAUAUUCUAAAAGACUUUCCUGUUAGGUCUUAGAAACUGAGACUUAUAUAUCUUUUGUGUGUGUGUGAUUUCUAUUUAAAAAUAUAAAAAUAAAAGAGGCUGAGAGGACUGUCUGAAGCUUUAAGUGCAUAUGGUACAGGAUAAAGAUAUCAUCAAUAUUUUUUUUUUAGUGAAAGAUGAGACAGAGGCCCAGGGGAUUUCUGAAACUGUUUUUAUUCCUUCUAGUUCUUAUUCUUGUAGUAUCCACCUCAGAAUUUUAAAGAAGGCUGACCAACCUAAAAUCCUGGGUCUUUUAGAAAGCAUGUAUUUCACCUGUUCCCUAUUAAUUAAUGAUUACACAAUGGUAUUAAGCAUGAUCCUUCUCACUCCCCAUUGCUCAAAUAUCAUUGAUACAAUCUUUCAAGAAAAAAAAACAGUUUUAAUUAAAAAAAAGAACACAAAAGUCCAAAUGUCACUGCCCAACUGAAAUAUGAGCUUAGAAAGAGAUAGAGUUUUUCCUACUUAAUAACCCUUGCUGAAUCACCUGUCACCUUCAAAAUGACCUUUCAUAAUCCUUAGAAUCUGCCCUUUUUUUUUUGGCCUGGGCCUACUGCAUUCUAAAAGUAAAUAUUACUCAUUUUCUUUUACCCAUCAUGCACUGAUGUAAAGUAAAAAAAUGAAAAUAGAACUCUAAAAUUCCUUCCAAGCCACUCACCAGCCCAACUUGCCCAUCCAUAGCUGUCACUUUUGUUAAUCCCUUAAUCUGAUUAUGUUUGGAUAUUUAUCUUGUACCUGCUGCUAAACACACUGCAGGAGGGACUCAGAAACCUCAAGCUGUCUACUUACAUCUCUUAUCGUGUCUGUGUAUCAUUAAUGUCUAGUGAAGAUAUCAAAAACUUUCCAACAUCAUGCAGCUUGCAUUCAGUUUACUUAAAGGUCUCACAUCAGAUCUUCUUUUGCUAAUAGAGUUAAUGAAUUCUGAGAAUUGGGAUUACAUCAUGUGUCUUGCUUCAUAAUGGUUUCAGCACAUUUAUAGGCCAAGUGUGAUAAAUAAACUUACAGACACUGAAUUAAUUUUCCCUGCUAUUUUGAAGCCAGAAAAUAAUGAUUGGUUAUUCAUUUUAUCUGUCUUAGUUCAAAAGCAUAUUUUAUUAAAUGAAUUCUGAUUGUAUUUGAAAUUAUUAUUCAAUUCAUUUAUGGCAGAGGAAUAUCAAUCCUAAUGACUUCUAACAAUGUAACUAACUGAAUCAUUAUCUUGCAUUUACUGUUUAAUAAGUAUAUUUUGAAAAUGUAUGGCUAGAGUGUCAUAAUAAAGUGAUAUAUCUUUCUUUAGUAAUUAUAUUAAAAUUAAUCAUGUUUGA